AUGAAAGUAUAUUCAUCCGCCCGGGUGCUACGAGGAUUCGAGGCCUCGGGAGGGUUCGGGAGGGCUCGGGAGAAACGGCGCACAUUAGUUAUCACGUGCGCACGAGUGGGCAUUCGGGGCCUCGGCAUCGCCGAUUCCGCGCAUACGGAGCCACCCGGUGGUCGGCUAGAGUUCGAGGGGAACGAGCCGGUGCACGUCUCGGGAGUCGACAUCGAGGUCGCCUUCUACUCCAUCGGCCUCCCCGAGGAGCUGCGGGAGUACUUCGGGAUGGAGCCUGUCUGCGCUGGCGCCGUCGGCGUGGGCUGGCUUGGCGGAGUGCGGCUGCGUCCUGGGGAGAAGCUGGUGCCCGUGCUGAGUGUGCUACCCAUGGGCUUCAAGGGCGCUCUGUACGUCUGCCAGGCCCUCCACGAGGCCGUGGCCGAGGGGGUCGCGGGCGUUGAGGGGGGCAAACGGCUGGUGGGCGGGAGGCCAGCGCCUUCCGUUGCCCGAGGGCCGGUGCACACCGAGCACGUGGACAAUUUCGUGGCGCUGGGCACCGACGGCGAGGAGGGGCGCCGCAUGGCCACCGAGGUCGGCGAGGCGCUGAAGGCCGACGGGCAUAGCGUGCACCCGGUGACCUGCAGCCGCAGGGGGGACACGCUCGGCUGGCACUUCGAUGAGUGGCGGCCGGCCGUAGGCGUCGCCCCUCGCACCGCCUGGCGCCUCACCCUUGGUUUGCGAGAGUCACUGCGACGGGGUCGUGCGAGCGGCGCCCAGUUGAGAAGCAUCGUUGGUCACAUCGCGUUCCGCGUCUUGCUCCGACGACCCAUCCUUUCUGUACUUCACACUGUCUACGCUUGUAUCGAUCGUCAUCCUGUUCGGGUUGCGCCUCUCUGGGACACAGUAAAGCAGGAGCUGGAGUGGAUAAGUCGCCCGGUGCCCCUGGCCUCGAGAGAGCUCAACAUGGAGUGGAGCCCCAAGGUCACCGUGUUCGACGCGAGCGAGUGGGGGUACGGGGCGAUGGAGCGGCGAUGCGAGCUCGGAGCGAUCAAGUAUGCUGGGCAGUACUCUGAUAGGCCUUGGAACGUCUCGGGGGGCCAGGUGAUCUUGGAGGCUCGGGCCGGCGUGUGGGCCCUUCGUCACAUUCUUCGAGACAGCCGUGCUAUAGGACGCAGACACCUCGUUCUCAGUGAUGCCAUGGCCGUUGUGCUCGGUGUGGCAAAGGGGCGGAGCUCGAGCCGGGCCAUGGGGCGCUGCUUUAGGCAGUGGGCUGCCCUGUGCCUGGCCAGCUUUGCCGUCGCCCACGUUCGCUGGAUCUGCUCCGAGCGGAACGCGGCGGACGGCGCCUCGCGGGGCUCUGAGGAGCGCAGCGCCGCGGCUGCCCGGCAUGCUGAGCCGCGGGCCGACGGAUCGACGGCUCGGGAGCGCCUCGCUCGCCACGACCUCAGCGGCUUCGAGUUCGUGGAUCCCGUCACCGGCGGCUUCAUCGGCUGCGAGGGGACCGAUGGCUUCGUCUUCCGGGCCGCUGGCGCGAGCUCGGCCGCGCACCCGCUCGCGGGCGCCAGCCGCGAGGUUGCCGCCGACGGCAGGCGGCGGGCGCUGCCGGGGCCCGGGCUGACGCAGCUGGAGCGGGGGGUGCCCCCGGGGGCGCGCGCACUGACGGUGCUGGAGGACGAGGCAGUGGGGCCCUCGACGCAGAAGGACUACCGCCACCGCUUCGGCUGUUUCACGCGCUGGGCCUCGGAGAAUUCUCUUAAGGGUCUCAGCUGGGAGACUCCAGCCAAGGCCGACGCGGCGCUGGUGGAGUGGCUGAACGAGCAGUUCUUCGAGGGCGAGCCCCUGGCGACCGGCGCGAAGAUGCUGGCGGCGCUGGGCCACCUGCUCCCGGGGGUGCCCCGUGGGGCGCUGGAGCUGCGACGCUCGCGGCGGGCGCUCCAGGGCUGGAGGCGUCACAACCCGUCCAGCUCGCGCCUGCCGCUGCCGUGGCCUGUGGUUGCUGCCUUGGUGAAGGAGAUGCACGCGCAGGGGCAGCUGGCGGCCGCAGGGGCCACCCUUGUGGCGUUCGUGCUGCUGCUGAGGCCGGCAGAGACGCUGAGGUUGGCGGGCGGCUGCCUGGUGGCUCCGGUGCGAGGCGGAGGCCGCAGCCGCCGCAAGUGGUCAGUGGUGCUCCACCCCCAAGAGAGAGGAGUGACCUCGAAGGUGGGGGCGCAGGACGAGUGCAUGGUGUUCGACAACCCCGAGUUCGACCUGGUGCUGCCGCUGCUGGAGUGGCUGCUCAAGAGCGUGCCGUUCGGGAAGCCUCUCUUCCCGCUGAGCGCGGCCCAGUGGCAGGAGGCCCUGAGGGCGGCGGCCAGGCGGCGGUUUCCCAGCCUCGCCGCGCCUGCGCUAUACCAGCUCCGGCACGGCGGCGCGUCCCACGAGGCGCUCGCGCAGUUCCGCAGCUCGGAGGACCUCAUGCGCAGAGGCAGGUGGCACAGCCAGCGCUCCGUGAAGCGGUACGAGAAAGGAGGGCGCGUCAACCAGGUGCUGCAGUCGCUGACGGCGGAGGAGCUCGACGCGGCGCUGGAGGCGCCCUGGGGCCUGCCCAUCUUCGAGAUCGACGUCGGCUUCCACAGCUCACGCGAUCUCAGCCGCAGAGCAGCUCAGCGUCUCAUCCUGGGCUGGAUCCGCUCGGGGUGCUGUAAGGCGAUCUGGCUGGGAACGCCCUGCGCGACCUUCUCGCGGGCGCGGGACUCCGGGGCCGGGCCGCCUCGGUUGCGCUCGGAUGAGCAGCCGCUGGGCCUGGGCGGGCUGUCGGAGGGCGACAGGGUGAAGGUGGAAGUGGCGAACGAGCUCUGCCGCUUCUCCGCCAAGGCCCUCCUGUGCUGCCUCGAGCGGGGCGUGCCGGCGGCGUUGGAGAACCCCGCGUCGCCCCGCCUGUGGCUGACGCCCUACAUGCAGGCCGCCGGCCAGCGGCCUGGGGUGAGAGAGGCUGUGACAGAUUUCUGCAUGGAUGCGGCUGCGGCGGCGGAGGAUAAGAGGCUCGAGAGCAUCGUGGACACGAAGAUCCUCGGCAGGAUCGGAGUCUUCUCGGGCGAUGACGAGGACUGGAGGCAGUGGUGCUUCGUGUUCGAGUCGACGGCUGGACUCGUCGACCUUGAGGAGAUCAUGACGCACUGUGAGGACACAGCAGAGAGUGAACUAGGCUGGGCGGCCCAGUCAGAGAAGAUCCAACUGAGGAUGAAGGUGCUGUACCACCUACUGAUCGCUACUACGAAGGGCAAGGCCCUCACGAUUCUGCAGAUGGUGCCGAAGAACAACGGUGCCAUAGGAUGGAAGAGACUCAAGGAGGAGUACGAGCCGAAGUCUGGAGGAAGACUGACGGCGAUGCUGAUGGGAGUCCUGAAGCCCGAGUGGGAGACCGCCGUCAGGAGCGGUGUCCGCGCUUGGGAGGCGGCCUGGAAGGAGUGGGAGAAGAGCGUCUCGCUCUACGAGGCCCAGUCUAUGGAGAAGGUCACGGAGGGCACGAGGAUUGCCGUCGUGGUCAGAUGGGCCCCAGAGGACGUGAAGGCCGUGAUUCGUCAGUCCCUGGGGGCGAUUGGCCAAGAUUACAACAGAUUGGCCAAGGUGGUAACCGACUACAUCGCGAGUGGGAAGGUCUACGAGACCACAGGAGCUCCUCACGGCAUCCAGUACACGAAUGAUGGCCCCAUGCCCAUGGACGUCGGACUGGUGAAAGACAACGGCGACGUCUGCGGCAUCUCCAAGCCGCCGAAGGGGUAUGGCAAGCAAGCGAGGAUUGACGCAGGAAAAGGCCGUGGAGACCGUGAUUCUUGCGCGAACUGCGGCAAGAAGGGCCACUGGGCAAGAGACUGCUGGGCCCCAGGCGGUGGAGCGGCCAAGAACUCGAAAGGUAAAGGUAAAGACAAGGACCCGAAAGGCAAGGGCAAGGACAGGAAAAGAUGCGACAAGUGCGGGAAGAUAGGCCACGAGGCCAAGGAUUGCAGGUCACACAUCAAGUGCGACAAGUGCGGCAAGACGGGUCACAAGGCUUCAGAGUGCAGGUCGAAGCCGGAGAACGCGGAGAUCAAGAGGAUUGUUAACAACGAGGACGAGCUGUGGGUCAUGGGCGUCACCGAGAGCGUGAACACCAUCAACGACAACAGCAGGUACGUGUGGGUCUCCAUCGACAGCGGGUCGGACGCGGACGGAUGUCCCCUCAGCUUCGGUCACUCGAGCGACGACGUCGAGGACCCCACCAGCGUGGAGCUGAGGACGGCCACGAACGAGGAGAUCAAGGACUACGGCGAGCGGAACGUCGGCAUCGCCUUCCUGGACGAGACGGGCAACGAGGUGAUGGCCACGAAUCGGUUCCGCAUCGGAGACUUCAGCAAGCCCGUGCUGAGCUGCGGGAUCAGGGUCAUGAGAGGUGCUGUCAUUCACCUGGAGCAGGGGAAUAGUUACAUGGCCCCGCCGAGCUUGAACGGCACACAGAGGAAGAUCCCUCUGACUAUGAUCGGGAAGAGCUUCUACGCGAAGUGUCGUGUGCUGGAACCUGGUGCUCAACGACAUCGAGUGGCACCAGUUGUCGAUCAGGAGGCACAAGGGCAAGCCGUACCGUCGGUGCAACCAGAACUGCAAGCUCCACACGCUCUGCUGCCCACGGCACCGCCACAGGAUCCUCAAGAAGCGCCUGUACCACCACAGGCUGGACCUCCACGAGAGAUCCUGGGUCCCCAGUCGUCGGUCGAGGCACUGAGGACGCGCCUGAAGGAGUUGAGGAAGUUAGGGGUCGUGGACGCGGCUAUCUACGGCACCAAGAGGCAGCUGUGGGAGAGACUUGUCAAGUGCGAACACCAGUUGGACGAGAGGAUGAAGGUCAAGGAGGCGCUGGAAGAACGUCAACGACGACUUCGAGAAGGCGUGGACCCUGAGGUGCCGAGGACGCUGAAGAUCCCUGAGAGGCCAGAUGAGGAGACUGUGAGGCAACACGAGCUCACCCAUGCGAGGUUCGAGCCAUGGUGUCUGGAGUGUGUGUUUGGAAAGGGAGAUGCUGCACCUCAUCGUGGAGUCCAGUUUCUCACAGACAAGGAGCCAGAGGUACCCGUCGUGCAGAUAGACUACCAUUUCCUGAAGGACGAUGGCGAGGAGACGGAGGAUGCGGCCAACAGAUUCUCCACCACGCUGGCCGUCAUCGACUGCGACACAGGCGUCCCUCUGCAGCUCAGCCUCCCCGAGAAGGGAGGCAAUCAGGACUACACGGUGACGGCGAUCGCGAGCUUCCUCCGCAGACUCGGGGCCACGAAGCUCAGACUUAGAACUGACGGCGAGCCGAGCAUCGUCAGCAUCGCGAACGCAGUGGCGGCCAAGAGGCUCAAGAUAGACAAGUACAACGUCACGGUGGAGCAGACCCCCAGGUACUCAUCCCAGUCGCUUGGGGCAGUGGGGGCGCAACAGAAGAUCCUACAGGGCCAGACCAGGACGAUCAGGGCCGCCACCGAGAAGAUGCUGGGUAUCAAGAUCGGUCCGAGUCACGUGUUGUGGCCGUGGCUGGUCAGGCAUGUUGGUUUCAUCACGGAGAUGUUCCAUGUCAAGUCAAAUGGGAGGACACCUCAUCAAGAUGCUACAGGCACCAAGUAUCACGGAGUCAUUCUGAGGUUUGCAGAGGCCGCGAUGUUCAGACACCCCAUGUCGACGAGUGGCCACAUGACAGGAGGCAGGCGCAGCCGCAAGUCGAAGUCGAUGUGGGAGAAGGGUAUUUUCCUGGGCAAGACCUACGAGAGCGAUGAGUUCCUCAUGGGCACGAGCAGCGGGGUGCACCUGGUCAGGACGGUCCGCAGGCUCCCCGAGGAGAACCAGAGCGACCUCGAGCUCGUGGCCAAGAUGGUGGGAGUUCCCUGGGAUCGAGGCAUCGGCCAGAUCGGGAGACCGAAGGGCAAGAAGGUUGUUGUCGUCCCAGCGGUCCCGCCUGAGGAGAAGCAGGACGAGCCAGAGGUCGAGGACACCAAGCAGGACAAGAGGGUUACGGACGCCACGAUCGAAGGGGGGAUUGCUGACGACGGGCAGAGCUACAAGAGUGCAAAGAGUGGCAGCAUGGAAGACGUAGAGGUCUCCACGCCGAGGCAAGAAGGAGGUGGCAGCUCCUCGUCUCAGCAGGCUCAGCCCGCUGCUUCAACCGCCACUCCGAGAGCCAGAAAGCGGAGUGCUUCUGAAGCCGAGUCCCCUGAAGUCGAGAUGGGCACAGUUGGCGGCGUCGACGGUUUCGUGAUGGACGAGGCUGACACGGCACCCGCCAUGGACCCCGAGAUGGACAUUGACUGGCACGAGGGCGAGUACGACAUCGACCUCAUCAAGGCUGGCAAGUGCAAGGAGAUCAACACGAUGCAGGAGUUUGACGUGUUCGAAGCAGUAUCGCCUGACGAGAUAGAUUCUACGUGGACGUGGCUGUCCACCAAGUGGGUGUACCAAGAGAAGGGUGAUGAGAUCCGAUGCCGAUUCGUUGCCAGGGAGUUCAAGAGCAUGGACCCAGAGCGAGAGGGGUUGUUCACACCGGCAAGCGAGCCCACAACGGGGAGGCUCAUAGACUUCAAGGCGGUGAAGAUGAACCAACCCACGGUCAUCAUUGAUGCUGUCAAUGCCUACUUCCACGCGAUGCAGGACAGGCUAGUGGCGGUUGUGCCGCCCAAGGAGUGGAUGGAGGCAGAGGCUCUCAAGGGCAACACGACACGGACGAUGUGGAGGAUGAAGAAGAAGCUCUACGGCGAACGGGACGCGAGCAGGGGGUUCAGCGACUUCAUGACUGGUACCCUCGUGUCGGAGAUGGGGUUCGUCCAGUGCCCCGAUCAGCCGUGCUUCUAUCGCCGAGAGCGGGACUCCGUGGACCUGGAGCUCCACCAGGACGACAUCUACGCCACGGCGGGCGAUGUUGAGCUUCAGUCGUUCACGACGGAGUUGGCCAGCAAGGUCAAGAUCAAGGUGAGCAAGCUGCUGAAGGUUGGUGACAAGUACAAUCAUUUGAAAGGAGGGAGAGUGAGAGUACAUGAUGGCAUGGUUUUGACUGGCAAUAGGAAGUACGCUGACAAGAUCGUCGAGCUGUUGAACUUGGGAAGGGCCAAGAGCUCGCCCACUCCCAUCGUGACGAAGCUGCUGGAGGACGAUCUCAAGGAGCCGUUGGACGCUGAUGACGCCACGCUCUACAGGCAGUGCGUGGGCAUCGCAAGGUACAUGAUCAACUACAUCACGGAAGCCACGUUCGCAGUGCACGUUUUGAGUAAGAGGAUGUCGAAGCCCACCGUCAAUGACAUGAAGAGGCUGAAGCACUUGGGCAGGUAUCUACUUGGAGUUCGUGACUACGGGCUGUUCUUCCCCAAAGAGGGUGAGGUGGAUAUCCUGGAGUGCUACACCGACUCGGACUGGGCUGGAGACACCGUCGACAGGAAGAGCGUAUCAUGUGGAGUGUUGAGCUGUGGGGGCUGCACGCUCCUAGAGUACUCGCGCGGCCAGUGCACGCAGGCGCUGAGCUCAGCCGAGGCGGAGUACUACGCGGCGGUGACGGUGGCAGCCGAGGCGAUUCACCUCCAGAGCGUGAUGAAGUUUCUAGAUAUGGACGUGAAGAUCAGGGUCAGGAUGGAUUCGAGUGCAGGGAAGGCGAUCUGCCACCGCAUCGGGGUUGGCAGGAUACGCCACCUGGAGGUCCGCACCUUGUGGCUUCAGGCGAAGGUGCGGGACAAGAAGCUGGCGGUGGUCAAGCAGGCUGGGGAGACCAACCUGGCCGACAUCGGCACCAAGGCGCUGGCGAGCCAGAGGUUCCACUGGCUGCGGGGGCAGCUGGGGCGACGCCCGCUGGAGGGCGCAGACGAGAUCGAGGAGAGCACCGCGAUCCGAGUCAAUUUCGUGAGCGACACGACGUCCAAGAUGGCGAAGGUCGGAGCGGCCUUGAUAGCCCUCAUGGACAGCCUGGGCUCGGUGAAGGCAGACGGUGAGUGCGACGUCUACAGCUACGAGACGGACAAGAAGGAGAUCAUCCUGAAGGACACGCGCCUGGGCACGGGCGUGCACCUCGAGGGCAUGGUGCUCAUCGGGGUGGCGAUCCUCGUGGCAAUCCUGUUCUGCGUGGCAGGUUGCUGUGCAGGCUGGUGUGUGGGCUACUUCGUGAGGCCCACCGACGCGAGGGAGAGUGAGAUGAAGAUGGUCCAGGACGUGGCUCCAAAGAGAGCCGCUAAGGCCAAGAGGGAGAAGGUCGAGAGGAGAACGAUCUCGACUCAGAGCCAGGUGACAUAUUCCUGGCACAAGACCACACCGAGGCGCAGCUAUAUCCGCUGCGGUGACGGCUUCGACGAGGAGCACGACCUCAUGAAGGCAGACCCCGAUGCCAGCUUCUAUAACGGCAUGGCUUACAGGAUGGUGCGAAGAUUGCGUCGGCUGCUCGGCUGGGCGCCGGCGCUGGCGGAUCAACCCUCGUUUGCCUACCUGCGCCUGUUCCGCGAGAUGCUGGGCGUCGCCGGCAUGCUGGAGGCGCGGAGGUCGGCGCCGUACCUGGAGGAGCUCGUCAAGGAUAUCGUAGAGGGUGCCAUUUCCGAGCUGCAGAAGUUCGGCGCGUUCGCGAGCGCUACGGUGGCCGAGGUCGAGCGCGCCGCGGUGAUCUCCGCGAACCGCCGGCGGGCCACCGAGGGCGGGGUUUUCUGCGGGGCGCGCGACGCCCUGGACGACAAGAGCCUCGCGGAGAAGAGCAAGAGGUCGGAGGGGCGGCGCGGCAUCGCGGCAGGGUCGGCCGCCGAGGCCUCUGCGCCCAGUCUGUGGCUCUGGCAGGCGGCGGGCGGCGGCGCCAGGCCCAUCUUCCAGCUGAAGAGCGAAAAGUUUGGCAGCGCCCAGUUCCGGGCCCUCUUCGCGGGGGCGGUGUUCCGCGGGCACCCCGCCGAUCGCGCCCAGCGCUUUGCGCGGCGAGCCGUUGAUAACGACCGCUGUAGGAAGAUGCUAUUCUACGGGGUCGUCGCGGAGUUCAUGGCGUUCGGCAUCGUUGCCACUGCCCGCGCGGACUUCGUCUUAAUCCAGAGCAGGAUUAUUGGCCUCGGCGGCGCAGGGCAGGCGAAGACAGCGAACGGCGGCGACGAUGCCGCGGAGAGUUUGGACCCGCUGAGAAUUUCGGCCUCGCCCGGCGCGCCUGUGACCAAAGGCGCGCGCGGCCGCGCGAUGGGCGCGCAGGUCCCCGCGGACCUGCUGGACGGCGCCCUCAUGGCUAAGAUGGGCGGCGAACAGGGCAACGUAGCAUGGCCAGUCGGCCUUGCCGAGACGGGGCGGCAGGGCGAAUGGGUAGGAAGCGACAGCGCCUACCAGACGUUCACAGAAUUUUCGGCGGUGGCCGCGGGGUACGCCUUUGGAUACUGGAGCGCGGGGGGGCAGCGGUGCAUCUGCGCUUGUGAGUGCGACGUCUCGGGCGGCAUUGACCGCGACAUCAUCGCGGUGUUGCAACCGCUCGCCUCGGCGGCGACGGGCUUCGCCAUCGGUCUGAUCACAGGGGUGAUCCUCUGCCUCGUGUGCUACGCUUGCUUCUGCCGACUGCAGCAUGGGUCGCGCCUGUACGUGCUAUACAGCAGGGAGGAGUCGCUCUGGCACGAGAGACUUCUCUGCGGGCGCGUACGUUUGGACGGGUGGUCUUGGGUGGUCCUGACUCCGACUCUGGAUCAGCAUGAGGAGGAUUUCAGCGAGGCGCUGGAGAUCAUAGGUUGCGGCCCCAAGGGCGGGACGCCACUCAAAUUGUACGGGAAGAAGCUGUACAAGCUGGGGCACGACACCAACAGUCACUACCUGGACUACCUGGAGUCUGGGGCGAAGCUCGCGGACGAGCUGGUGGCUGCGGGUGGGGCGGGUGAAGCCCCUGUUGACGAGCCGCAGGUCGCACCUUUCACCGAGGCCGAGCCCGUCGUCGAAUGCCACCCGGAGACUCAGUGGGUGACGCUCGAAUCGCGGCACGGCUACAAGCAGUGCGACCCCAUCUCCGUGCAGGGGUUGCCGUUGCUACGCUCUGGCGACCGCGGGAUCCUGGACCUCCCCAGCGGACCCAUCGCUGUGGGCAUCGCGGGCUCGACUGAAGGCACGGCCACGCCGCUUACGGAGCCCUUGGAUGGCGCUUGCUUGGCCGGACCGCGGAUGGCGACUUUGCCCGUGCCACCUUUCCCGAGCGCACACAGCUGCUUGCAGCUCCGAGCGAGGCCAGCUGGAGAGUGCAAGGUCUUGGGCCUCGUGUCGACGGACCCUGGAGUUGAGGAGCACUGUUUCCUGUGCGAGCUGAUGGAGGUAGCGAUCGCCAGAGGGAGCUGGUGUCGAGACGGCCUCAACAUCGCGGCGCUGGAGGCGUUCGAGACGGUCUCGCGGCGCUUCCAGCUCUGGGAGGAGUUCUACGCGGAGGCGUUAGGGCUCGCAGAGGCAGGAGAUCACGGGGGCGAUCUGGACGAGAGGAGGCUCUUCUUAGGGAGCCACAGGAGCAAAGGCUUGGCCAUCGUCUCGCCCCAGCUCGAGCAGUACGUGGCCCAACUACAUCUUCAGCUCCUGGCGCUGGAUCUCUUGGCGCAGACGGAGCUCACGCAGGAGGUACUGGCCAGCCCUCAGGACGUGGGAGAGGGCGUGGCCGUGGGCGGGCCUAGGGAGGCGCGUACGUGGUGGUCUGUGCGUGCUUGGUGUUUGUCGGAGCUAUGGAGGUCCAGCGUGACAUCCUCCCAGUGCCGCUGGGUCCUGGACUUGCUGCUGAGCUGCGUGGUGAGGCGGUUCCUCCUGGUCGCCCUCGCCGCCGCCGCCAGGGGCAGCGUCUUGCACAGGAAAGGUGGUUGCGGGAGGGGAUAG